AUGGAUGGUGCAGGAAAUCGCUCUGCACAGGGUAGACAGCCUCUGACUGACGCAGCUGCUCGAUUAAAUCAUGGCCCGACGAUUAUAACGCCUGGGGUCAAUGGAACAACACCCCAUCAUGAACGUCUCAAGUCAAUUGAAACUACACAACCUCAGGUCCCUCACAAUUCACCAGUGGUGGUCGCCGAUACGGCACGGCUCUCUGUAACUACCGACUCACCAGGUACUUCGAAUCGAAAUUCAGCAAUAUCGACCACUUCGACAGCGUCAGGAAAAGGAAAACUAAAGACGCACGUAGGGCCAUGGCAAUUGGGAAGAACACUGGGAAAAGGCGCCACUGGCCGGGUCAGACUGGCUAAGCAUGCGGUGACCGGACAGGCUGCCGCAAUUAAAAUCGUGUCGAAGAAAUCUGCCGCCAUGGUUCAAAGCGAAAGCAUAGCUGCAAUGGAUAGGAAUGCCUCUCUUUUAGGAGACCAGGCUACACGGCCGAUGCCUUUUGGAAUUGAGCGAGAGGUGGUGAUCAUGAAGUUGAUAGAACAUCCUAACGUUAUCGACCUGUACGAUAUCUGGGAGAAUCGAGGUGACCUCUAUCUUGUUCUUGAAUAUGUCGAAGGUGGCGAGUUGUUCGACUAUGUAUCGACCCACGGCCCUCUCCCGGAAGAAGAAGCGGUUCGAUUCUUUCGACAGAUAAUCUCCGGUCUUGCAUAUUGCCAUAGAUUCAACAUAUGUCAUCGCGAUCUGAAACCCGAAAACAUACUCUUGGAUCCGAAUCAUAACAUCAAAUUGGCGGAUUUUGGAAUGGCUGCUCUACAACCGGCUGGCCAUUGGCUUAAUACAUCAUGUGGAAGUCCUCACUAUGCCGCACCGGAAAUUAUCUACGGUCGAAGGUAUCGUGGUGAUAAAGCUGAUAUUUGGAGUUGCGGAAUCAUACUCUUUGCAUUGUUGACUGGCUUCUUGCCGUUUGAUGGUGGCGAUUUAUCGAAUACUUUACAUUUGGUGAAGAAGGGAAAUUAUCAUAUACCAACGUGGCUGUCUGUAGAGGCAGCUGAUAUGAUCCAGAGGAUCCUACAAAAAAGGCCAGAGGAUCGAAUCAGCAUACAAAGCAUGUUCAACCACCCCCUUCUCAAGAAAUAUGAGAUUUUACAUCAAGCAAUGUCCCAACAUCAACUUGGGCCUCCACCGCCUCUAUCAGCCAAAGAUUGUGGUCCAGCCGUAGCCUCUCGUGCCGAUAUUGAUCUGGAGCUACUUCGAAGUCUCCAGACUUUAUGGCACAGUGCCAAUACAGAAAGUCUGAUAGAGCGGCUUCUAUCUCAAGAGCCGAACCACGAGAAAAUGUUCUAUAAUGCCCUCAUCAAAUUUCGCGACGAACAGUUGGAAAACUAUCAUGGCCCACCUCUUGAAUACUCAGCAAGUGACUAUCACCACAUAUCUCGGCCACCUGCUGCCACGAGGGCAGUGGCAAAGCACUCUAAGAAUGGUCGACUCCAAGGACAUGCACGUCGUCGAUCUCAGUUUUCCAUCUUGACUGAAACAAGCCGGCGCAGUAAUAGUGGAAGAGAGCCAGAAUCAUCUGCCAGCUAUGAUCCAUUCAGAGCCUCUCGAACUCCGGUGGCUACGUCUACUGUGCAAUAUGCGACUGUUACCAUCCAUCGAGAUGAUAAUGUUCACAAAAAACCGGAGGAUGUACUUGUGGAAGUGCACGACGAUACUGCUGUUCUUCCUUCCUCGCCUCCAAGGGCAGAUGUCAUUCCAAGCUCUUCCGUUGAAAUCAUCCAAUGGAAUAGAAAGAAGAAAGCACAACGCUCGUUUCACUCAAGAAGCUCUUUAGCCACGUCUCGUCGUGGGUACAGUCCUGCACCUCAACACCGAGCUAGAUAUAGACGGAAUGUAUCCUUUCGCCAUAUCAGGAACAAAUCUGGUGGAGGUUCCUCAGCAAAGUCAGCGGGAGACUAUGCCAAAUCGCAGGGCUCUAUCGUAGAUUUGCUCGUCAACGAGAAGAGCUCCAAUCUACUUGCUGCUACGCCAUCUUCUGUCCGAAUGAGCAGUCCCGUGCUCCCAGCGCAACCUGCUGUCGUUCGCACUUCAGAUGUUGUCGCUAGUCUAGAUCAGGAUCUCUUAGUGAGGAAGAUCCGGGAUAAUUUCUGGGGAGAAGAAACAAGAAAGGUCUCUCACGAGUUCAGUCAAAUCUGCGAGGAAGCCUUCAACAGGUCAUCAGUAUCUACUGGACACACAGCUGUUAGCACUGCGACUACCGCCACAUCCAUGUCUAUACAUGAAGAGGCAGCGGAAAAGUCUCAAGUAGGGGAAAGCAGAGAGGCAUUAGACAAGAUUGCUGAUCUGCCGGCAUCUUACACUGUGAAAGAACUUGCCGAAACCCGUCGCAAACUGAUAGAGCACUCUACGAAGGCCGAAGCUGCAGGUUUGCCAGACUACCUGGGUGAAGUCAUAGCCCAUCUUGAUCGACUGAUUGAACAAGAUAUUGCGCGCAGCAAGGCUAAAUCUGAGUUCGUUGCUGAAAAUUCAAAUAGGCGUACACUGUCUGAACCACUUACCAAACCUGUUGCAGAUACGGGUUAUUUGCCUUCCAUUUCUGAAGAGAUAUUCACUCCGUUGGAGACAUCCAGUGGUUAUGAUUUAGAGCGUGUUGACCACCACGCUACACCUGAGCCAUCUCCCAGAGUCUCGCAAAAUCUCGAAGCAAAAUCUACUAUCAGAGUAGUCCCAAAAGACUCUUCCUUUCCCGCCAUUGAAGACAUCAAGCCCUUGACAAUACGAAAAAGAAGCGCUGUUACAGAAGCCCCUGUUCUGGUUUGCAAAUCGCGCCACAGUUCGGCUAGUUCUGUUAUUCAUGUUCGCAAGCAAGGUGUUCCAUCCGAACAACGAACAAGCAGCAACUCUGUCGCAACUAGUUUACGAUAUAACUCACAGAGUCCGAUGGUCUUGGAGACUAUAUCGGAAAGUUCGGAUUCGCGUAGGUCCAGUGCUAAGCCAUCCAACGAGAAGAAGUGGUCGUGGUUCGGUAAACACAAACCCCACGUGCAUGAAGAAAACUCUCAGGAAGCGACCUUACCGAGUGUAAAGGCAGCACCGGCUGGUUCGGUCAGUAUCGAAGCGCGUAUAGAUACGGAAGAAAAGGUCCCCAGAAAAGCAUCUGGAGAAAAGUCUCGUUCUAGCUUCCUGAAGAUUUUUAGCAAGAAAAAAGCAGACAAGACGGACAGCGACAGCCUUACAGGAGAGUCGUCUCAUGAACAAGAAGAUACUCAUGGCCAGAUUGAAUCCGACGAUCCUUCACUUAGCCAUGUUCCAAUUCCUUAUACCAAUCGUCGCACACGUGGACCAUCAGGUGCUAAUCAAAACUGGUUUGCACGGUUUUUCCAUGUCAAACCUGCUAUACGAACCAUAGCAUUCAAAAUACCUAAAGCGAAGAUUCGUAAGGAGGUUUACAGAACGUUUCUUGAGUGGAAAGUCUACGGAAUGGACAACGUAUCCCUCGACAGGGCCAAGAAUGUGGUCCGCGGGCGUGUUUGCGAGUCAAAUCAUCUCAAUCUACGUCCGGUCGAAUUCUCAGCGGAGUUCUUCACGGUGCUCGAACAUGGGCGACACGCCAAUCUUAGUCUCGUUCGCUUCCGUCAAGAGCGCGGUGCAGCCUCCUCUUUUCACAAAGUCGUUGAUAUCUUGGAGUUGACCUUGAAGCGGCGGUCAUUCAUCGUUGAAGAUCCAGUGCGAUCGAAAAAGAUGAUAAAAAUUCUGGAUAAUAUACCUUAG